AUGCCAACACCAUGGGCUGAGAACGCCGACUUGGUGGCUCGCUUCCGCGCACUAGACAGCGCCGGCGUGGUCGGCAACGCGCUCGUGCCGUCGUCGCCGCCGCCGCCGGCCACGGCGCGCCUCGACAGCUAUGGCCUCGUGUGGCCGGACCUCACGGCGCUGGCCAAGGAGGCGCUGCUCUGGGACAUGGGCUUUGUCCGCGCGAGCACGUUCCCGGACGACGUCGCCCAAGUAUACACUGCGUGCGAUGGUAACACCAACUCGGGCAGCUCGAUGGCGUCGAUCGCAGUCUCGGAAGCGGCCUUCUUGGCGUCGCAGGCGAAUGCGACCGUGCGCACCUGCGCCGGCGCCAACGGCAACUACACGCGGCAAGAGAACGCACAUGGCAUGUUCCUCGGUAAAGUCGUCAAGUGCGCCGUACCACUGCUGCCCGACACGACGCCCAACAGCUACGCGAGCAUGUGGGCCCAGGACGGCCUCGACGCAACGACCGUGCCGGACCCGCGGCUCUGGCGCCACGAGUGGCACAGCAUUGGCUUCCCGAGCUUUCUCCUCUUUGCGAUCCAUACGGUGCCUGCGCAGUUUACCGAGACCGCAUGGGGCAAGUGCCCGGCGACGACUGCGCCCGGGUCGCUCAUCGUCCCGUGCACGGUUUACAAGCCGGGCAACUUUUCGAGUCUGGUGUUUUCACCGCCGAACACCGAGUGGUGUCUCCCGCGCCCGUCGAGUGCCAUGGACAAGUGGCUCACAGCGAUCCACGAUGCCAAAACGAACCGCGACGAGGUUAAGCCCGCCGUCUCGACGCUGACGAUCGUCCUCAUCGCCGUGCUCGCAUUCUUGCUGCUGGGCGUGAUCGCCUAUGUCUGUCUACGCCGGCCACGCCGGCCACGCGGCGACCACGACGGCUCGCAGAGCCCCACGAGCAGCUACUACCACGCGACACGGCCGACGCUCGGGACAGGCUCGGGCCAUGGCUCAAGCCAGGCCAAGCAGACCAUCACCACGUCGUCCAAAGCGCUCAAUGCGUUCCAAGAAGACCCGUAUUUGUGCUCGAAGCGGCUGCCAUACUCGUCGAUCACAUACAGUCGCAUGCUCUCGAAAGGCGCGUUUGGCGAAGUCUGGCUCGGUACGCUCACCGAUACGUCGCCGCGCCCCGUCGCGAUCAAGCGCAUUCUGGACGCCAAGCGCGCAGACGCGGCCGAGCUCGAGUGCUUUGCGGACGAGAUUCGACUCAUGGCGCUCUUCUCGCACCCCAACAUUGUGCACUUUCUCGGUUUUGGCUGGAACACGCUGCAAAACAUGUGCGCUGUCACCGAGUACCUCGCGAACGGCGACGUCUCGGGCUACUUGGCAGUUCAUCGCGCUGUCGCGUACGACGUCAAGAUUGCGAUUGGUCUCGGUGUAUUGAAUGCGGUCCAGUACCUCCACACGCUGGACCCGCCCGUGAUCCACCGGGACUUGAAAGGUCGGAACGUGCUCUUGAGCGACGCGCUCGUUGCGAAAUUGAGCGACUUUGGUAUUUCCCGGCAGCGAAUUGCAGAUGAGACGAUGACCGUGGGGGUCGGCACGGCGUUCUGGACGGCCCCCGAAGUGCUCCUCGGCCUCAAGUACGACGCGUCCGUCGACGUCUACUCGUUUGGCGUCAUCAUGACCGAGCUCGACACGCAGCACGCACCGUACGCGGAUAUCAAGGGCGUGCCGAGUAUGCACAUUGUACAAAAGGUCACGGGCCAAGACGGCGCGCCGGCGCCACUGCGACCGACGUUGACUCGUGACGCGCCUGCGUGGUUUGUGGCGACGGCCAAUGCGUGCAUGGAGCGAGACCCGACGCGGCGCCCAACGAUCUCGGAGCUUCGCGACCGGUUCACCGACGCACUCCGCGCUGACGCGCAUAUCUAAGCGGCACUUUAACUUAAUUUGACAUGGUCAACGCAAGGUUGCAGGUACAUGCAUGAUCCUUGCGUCGUCGAGUCGUUAAA